CCAUCAGCUGUCAAGCAUGCGCAAACUGUGGCUUAAGCUGCGCUGCUGCGGCUAGUCCUGCGCUAGAGGAGAAGUGGUUGGAGAUGCCUGACGUUUAGUUCUGUGGAGCCAUUUGCGACGCGAUGGAGCGAGCAAGGGAUCGCUUACACCUGAGAAGAACUACUGAGCAGCACGUGCCAGAGGUGGAAGUCCAGGUCAAACGUAGAAGGACAGCAUCACUGAGCAACCAAGAGUGUCAUCUGUACCCACGACGUUCUCAGCAGCAGCAGGUUCCUGUGGUGGAUUUCCAGGCAGAACUGAGGCAGGCAUUCUUAGCUGAGACACCAAGAGGUGGUUAAAGCAGUGUUGGAACACCCAGGUAGCUGAUUUCAAGGAAAACAGAACCCAUCGAUUGUUUGUGAAGCUUCUGCCAAGCUUACAUUGUUUCUAAGAGAACCUGCAUCGCACCUUUAUUUAUAGCCCUCCCCUAGGUAUUAAGGAUCUUGAAAUUUUACUGUUGAUACCAGCUAUUGUGGACCAGCAAUCAUG